GGGCGGAGCGAGGAGGUGGGUGCGUGACGUUGCCGGAGGGGUCCGGGGCCGCUCGGCGCCUGUUAUUGUUCUCGCCGCCCGCUCUUCCCGCCGCCGCGUCUGCCUUCCCCGGCGCCUCGGGGAGCGGCGGGAGGGCAAGCAGCGACCGAGCGAGCCCGCCGGCGGAGCGCGAGCCCUGACAGCGGGGGAGGGGGCAGAGCGCGCGCGCGUCACGCAGGAGCGAGCGAGAGCCGGGGACCGGGCGGCCAUGGCCUACGCGUAUCUCUUCAAGUAUAUCAUCAUCGGGGACACAGGUGUUGGGAAAUCAUGUUUAUUGUUGCAGUUUACAGACAAGAGAUUUCAACCAGUCCACGAUCUCACUAUUGGUGUAGAAUUUGGGGCUCGAAUGAUAACUAUUGAUGGAAAACAGAUAAAGCUUCAGAUAUGGGAUACGGCAGGGCAGGAGUCCUUCCGUUCCAUUACAAGGUCGUACUACAGAGGGGCAGCAGGGGCUUUACUAGUGUAUGAUAUCACAAGGAGGGACACUUUCAACCACUUGACAACUUGGUUAGAAGAUGCUCGUCAGCAUUCCAAUUCCAACAUGGUUAUAAUGCUUAUUGGAAACAAAAGUGAUUUAGAAUCUAGACGAGAAGUCAAGAAAGAGGAAGGUGAAGCAUUUGCACGAGAGCAUGGACUUAUCUUUAUGGAGACAUCUGCCAAAACUGCUUCCAAUGUAGAGGAGGCAUUUAUUAACACCGCAAAGGAGAUCUACGAGAAAAUCCAGGAAGGAGUUUUUGACAUUAAUAAUGAGGCAAAUGGCAUAAAAAUUGGCCCUCAACAUGCUGCUACUAAUGCAACACUUGCAGGCAAUCAGGGAGGACAACAAGCUGGAGGAGGCUGCUGUUGAGCCUGUUUUUACUUUCUAGCUGCCUGGAUGGGGCCUACUAACUUGUUUGUUCACCCUUCCCUCCCCCCACCCCACCCUCCCCACCCCGCUCGCCACCACUUCAAUUCAACUGAGACAUGAAACUUGUAAGUUGGUUUCCUGUUGCAGAAGACUUUAUCCUUCAAAUUCUUGUAUAACUUUGAAUAAAUGGUUAAUGUUCACUUAAAGACAGAUUUUGGAGAUUGUAUUCAUAUCUAUUUACAUUUGAUUUCUAGGUCAAUUGAUGUGACUAUUUUUGUUAAAUGUUGUCUUGUGCCCUUGACUACGAACUGAAUUGUAUUAAACACUACAAAGUCAUCUGAGUAUUUUAAUCAGUUUGUGUAGUUAGGUUUCCCAGCUCCUGUGGUUACCUAAUGUUUAAUAUUGUAGAGCUGUCCUCAAGUUUUGUCAAUUUUCAAGGCUAUAAAGAGAAGUGGAAGGACUCUUUUAAAUUCUGUAUUUAUCACUUUCUGUAUAUAUAGUUUAAUAACCUGCUUGGGUGUACUUGCCAAGCUAGAAUUCUUUAAUGCAUUUGCAUAAAUUCUAUACUACUAAGAGCUUGAAAACUACAGAAGCAUUAAUAGAAAUUGCUUGGACGCUAAAUUUUAAGCCUUUUUGACAUUGUUAGCAUGUUCAUCCUCCCCUGUCAUUAUCCUGAAGUCCAAGAGAAAUGCUUAAUGUGUAUUACUAGAGGCUACAUACGUGCUAUCUAUUUUAAUGCCAAAUGUUUGCUGUUUGUCCACAAUUUCCACAGCACCUCUUCAGAAAUGGAUUAGCUGUUUGCCUUAACGAACACUGUAGGUAAAAGCAGAGUAUGAAUGAAAAGUAGAGGAGGACUUGAUAAAUUUAAAAUGGCACAUUAUAAAACCAUUAAUCUUUUCUUAAUGUUGUUUUUUUUUCUUAUUUACCACUUGAUUUCUAGGUAUAUUUUUCAUGCAAGGACAGUUUUUCAACCUAAAUGUACAGUGGUUGUGUAAAGUUUUCUUUUAGUGACAACUUGUAAUCCUAAAUAUAUGGUAAGCAUCUUGUCUAUUGUGAAGAGGGUGUGAAAAUAAAAUCUGCCAGUUUGGAAAUCUUGAUGAAAAUCAAAACUAGAAAUGCUUUGGUACUUAUUAUGGUGGUGGUUGGCGGGGGUGGUGAGGGGGUGGUGUUUUGCCUGAAAUGAAAUGUUUGCAACACUGCAAAACAAAAUCCUGUGUUUAAGUGUUUAUUUGUCAAAGUACAGAAUAUUCAUGUGACUUUUCCUACAAAUGAGGAAACAACUGAGUUUCCAUCUUAUCCUAUUUAAAUAAAUUGCAGAUAAAAGGGUGUCACUAAUGCUAGGUCAUGCUUCAUGUAUCCAAAAAAAAGGGGGGGGGGGGUUGCCAGGAAAUGACUGCAAACCGGUUGUCUUACUGGACCAAUACUGACUGCAACACAACAGUGGGGGACGUGGAUCCUCGUGUCAUCCAUUUUUAUCGUCAGAACUUUAACAUGAACAGUGAAUAAACUUCAGCCUGACAGGUGUAACAUAGCAGUGGUUCUCGGAUUAAAUAAAGUUUCAAAAAACA